AUCCUCGGUGUUUCUCUCUCUAUUGGGAGAACAUCAUUUCCCGGCAGCCACCACGUUUAGCCAUUACCCAGCACACACCGGGGCCACGGGAAGAUGAGGCCAAGAUGGCGACUAAAACUAGCACGGAGGGCCCUCCUUUUGAUUGUCCAUCAUGGGGAGGCAAGCCGCCAGUCGGGCUCCACCUCGAUGUGAUGAAGGGAGACAAACUGAUCGAGAAAUUGAUCAUAGACGAAAAGAAGUUCUACUUGUUCGGGAGAAAUCCGGACUGGUGCGACUUCACCAUUGACCAUCAGUCGUGCUCGCGCGUCCACGCCGCUCUGGUCUACCACAAACACCUGAAGAGGCUCUUUCUCAUCGACCUCAACAGCACGCAUGGUACUUUCCUGGGGCACAUCCGCCUGGAGCCACACAAGCCUCAGCAGGUUCCCAUCGACUCCACUCUGUCUUUCGGGGCGUCCACACGCACUUACACCAUCCGAGAGAAGCCCCAAACCCAGGGAGGCACGGGCACCGGGGAAAUUAAGAUCGGCGACGAAGAUGAGCUCAAAGGGCUACUUGGGCUGCCUGAGGAGGAGACGGAGCUGGAGAACCUGACUGAGUUCAACACGGCUCACAACAAACGCAUCUCCACGCUCACCAUCGAGGAGGGGAACUUGGACAUCCAGAGGCCUAAGAGGAAGAGGAGAAACUCCCGGGUUACCUUCAAUGACGAGGACUCCAUCAUCAAUCCAGAGGAUAUCGACCCUUCGGUGGGACGCUUUAGGAACAUGGUCCAGACGGCGGUCGUCCCCAUUAAGAAACGGCGCUCCGAGGGCAACAACACGUUGGGUCUGGACGACUUCGUCUCCAAGCGUACGCACGGUUACUCCAUGAGCGGCGGUCUCUACGGCGACCUGCCCCCCACCAGUCACGAGAACCAGCCCACGGGCGCCCCGGCCGGCGCCUCCAUGCAGGGCGGCCUCCCGUUGCCCUUCCCCAACCCGGCGCCGGAGGUGGACCUGGCCCCCGAGGCUCCCCGGCGCCCCGUCACGCUCAACCCCACCCCGGUCACUGUGCCCUACCUCCCAGAGACCCACAACGAGCCGCGCAAAAAGAAGUACGCCAAAGAAGCGUGGCCGGGCAAGAAGCCCACCCCGUCACUACUCAUCUGAGCCGCUCGGUCCCAGCGUGCUGACUCUCGGGUACCUGUGCGGCGUGGCAGAGGCGACGCCAUUUCCUCCUCACGUCUUAUUUUACCGGUUGCUUCACGUCGCAGCCCGUGGCGCAAAAGCCAUAUACAAACAACAUAAGACAACAUUUAGAACCACUGUUAGAGGUGUGUCACAGACUAAAAUGAUUUUUUUUUCUAUGUUUCAUGUUUGUUUUAAACUCAAUGUUUUUGCAAAUGCUAUUAAUAAAUGGCAAAAGAGUAUUUUUAUACCCAAUAUCUUACUCUGGCAAGGCACGAGUGACAGGAAAGAAGCUAAUGGCAGAUACACUUCUCAAGAAAAGUUUUGAAAUUUGGCUUUUGGCUCAAAUUUAAUGAUGAACUUAAAAUGCAGUCUAACCUUUACAGGUCAACUAUUUUCUUUUUCUCUCCCCAAAUUGAGUUACCAGCUGUUCAAUAUUCCAGUAACUUUUGCAUUGUUUCAUUGAUGAGCUUCAUGAAAAGGUGAUACUUUUGUUAAAUUUUCUACUAAAUAGUAAUUUAUGUAACAUCGGUUGAUGAUUGUGUAUAUGCUAGAUGCAUGGUGUUCAUUUGUCAUCUUCUGUUUUUAGUGCUUUGCUACCAUCUUGUGGGACCUGGAAGCAAAUACACGUGUAAUCUGACUCCAUUCUCCCUAAUAACUUUUAGAGGUGAAUUUACAAGUACAUCACUGCAGUAACAUUUCAGUAUGCAUACAUUAUUCAGAUGAAUGAAACGGGUGUAUUCCAGACACAUUUCUACAUUAUUAUUUACAUUGUAGGUUUAAACAUUCUAGUUUCUACA